CCCGCGGCGUGGGCAAGACCAGCCUGAUGGAGCGCUUCACCGACGACACCUUCUGCGAGGCCUGCAAGUCCACCGUGGGUGUUGACUUUAAAAUCAAAACUGUAGAGCUAAGAGGAAAGAAAAUUAGAUUACAGAUCUGGGACACUGCAGGUCAGGAGCUAAAAAAAAGCAUUACCUCAGCUUAUUACAGAAGUGCCAAGGGAAUCAUAUUAGUAUACGAUAUCACUAAGAAGGAGACAUUCGAUGAUUUGCCAAAAUGGAUGAAGAUGAUUGAUAAGUAUGCUUCAGAAGACGCAGAGCUCCUUUUAGUUGGAAAUAAGUUGGACUGUGAAACGGACAGAGAGAUCACCAGACAGCAAGGGGAAAAGUUUGCACAGCAGAUAACUGGGAUGCGGUUCUGUGAAGCAAGUGCCAAGGACAACUUCAAUGUGGAUGAGAUAUUUCUGAAACUCGUCGAUGACAUUCUGAAAAAGAUGCCUCUGGAUAUUUUAAGGAAUGAGUUAUCCAAUAGUAUCCUCUCCUUACAACCAGAGCCUGAGAUCCCACCAGAACUGCCUCCACCAAGACCACAUGUCCGAUGCUGUUGAUUUGCUACUUUGGAGACAAAGUGGAAACAAUUCCUGGAAAGGGAAGGAAAAAAAAAAAAAAAACAUUCUAUUCUGCACUACAAUCAUUUCGACAAUUUCCUUUCGCACUUUGUAAUCCAAGUCAGAGCUAUACACUAACUUGUAAAUAUGCAAAUAUGCAAUCCUGGGUAAGUUUUGGUUAUCAGUUACAUAUUUCCCUCCAAAUGAUUAUAUUUCAUUCAUUACUCCAGUGUCUAGUAUACAUACACUGGGAAACAUAGUACUUCUAAUAUGAAGAAUAGGUGAAAUGAAAGGUAUAAUGUUUCUUGAGAUAAAUAAUAUAAUUGUCCUUGUUAAUUAUAUUAUGAGGACAAAAGAUAUUCUGAUAAGAAAAGAGAACGUGGUGCUUUGCUUAUUGUUUUAAAGAAAAUUUGUAAACUGAAGACUUUUUGAAAAAAUAAAAGCUAUCUUAAGUGCUUUUUCUUUAUUUAGAAGACAUUUCCCCCAGCUGUUGCAUCUUUGGAGUAUUGGCGUGUUUCUACCACAAAGCAAAGCUUCAUUAUAGCCGUCACUGAAGGUUAUUUAUUAAUGAUAUGUAAUGGUAAGAUAUUACUAGGUAGAGGGUUGGAGUUGACUUGGUCUUAAGGCUGCAGAAUCUCUCUCGUGGUAUCCUAAUGGCCAGACCCUACACUUUUAAGAACCACAGAGAUGCAGUAAAGAAAGAAGUGUUUUCAAAACUAUGGAGAAAAAUUUUAAACCUCGCUGCUGUCCUACACAAAUCCUGUUUAAAGGAAUUUUAAAGAGAUACAUUUUACUAUAUCAAAGAACAUACAUGUAUUUGCCUAAACAUUCUGUACCUUUGUAAUGAUAAAACUUCUCCCCUUUAUUAUGGUGAAGCUUAUUCCUAUUAAGCCUAGAUGUGUUCUUUUUUUUUUUUUUUCCUUUUUCUUCUUUUUUUUUUUGUCUGAUAAUGAAUUUGUGAAUUCUAUCUUUGGUAUAUCUUUUAUUAAACUGCACUGUUUUGUUUAGUCAAGGUAAAUAAGUAAUUAUGUAUUUGAAUAACUUGGUGUGUCCUGAGUGUUGUGAUAUGAAAAGCAUUGUGGUCUUUCUACACUAAUGAAGUGCAAAUAAAAUUUUGUAUUUAUGAAUGACA